AUGAAUAUAACAUUUAUAAAUAUAUUUAGAAUAUUAUAUAUAAGAAAUUAUAUAUUUCAAUCAUUAUCAACAUUACCAUCAACUAGAUCUGUUUAUCAAGAUGAUCAAAACUCUGUAACUAUAAACUAUAUCAAAGGUAGAGAAUUGUCUAAACAAUUUUUUAUAGUUUUAAUUCAAACCUAUGCAAUGCCAUGGGAUUUUCUGGUUCAUCAUUUACCACCUAUAGAUCAAGUCAAUAUGCGUGGUGAUAAUAUAGCUAAUCUAUACGUCUCUCACAAGAAUGCUACCGUAUCGACUCUUGGUCAUCUAUUGGAUGAUUGGCUGCCAAAAGAUGUUAAAGUUACUCGUAUCAUUGAUGCUGCAGUUAGAAGUGGUAAUAUUGAUAUUGUAAAAAUGUUACAUUUUCGUUAUCAAGAUAGAGAUCAAACUGUCGACUCGUCGUCGUCAGACUCUAUUUGUUCAACAGACGCAAUUGAUAGAGCUGUAAGAGGUGGUUAUAAUGAUAUAGUUGAAUUUUUAUUAUUCAAUAGAACAGAAGGUUAUCAUAGGAAUACUCUAAAUAGAGUGAUAUCAAAUGGUAAUUUGCCACUCAUCAAAUUAUUUACAAACAAACUAGCAAAACAACAGGUAGAAUGGACUCCUUUAAUAUUAAAAAGUGUGUUUUGGUGUGAUAAUUUGGAUGCUAUCAAAUAUAUAGAUCCUUUUCGUUAUCAAUAUUUGGCGAGUCAUGGGAGUGAAUUGGACCCAGAGGAAUUGGCAGAUUGGGACAAUUCUGAAUUUUUAGAGGCUGUCUUUAGAGGUUCUUUGGACAUUUUAAAAUAUCUACAUGAUAAUAGACCAGAGGCUAAAAUUGAUCAUCAAAUUAUGGAUUUGGCUUGUUCUCAAGGUAAUUUAGAUGUUUUAAAGGCAAUUGAUAAUGCUCAUUUAAAUAUAGUUGAAUUUUUAAUUCAAAAUAGAACAGAACAUGAAUCAAUUGACAUUUUGAUGAAACAUUCAUUCAUUUAUCCAAGGAUUGAUAUCUUUAAUUUUUUGAAUCAACUAAACAAUACAAAGGUUAAUUCUUUUCCUGUUCUCUCCUAUCGGGAAGAGUAG